AUGUGUAUUUUGCUAUCUUCCACAGAACAUCCUGACUACCCAUUUAUAUUAUUGUCAAAUAGAGAUGAAUUUUUCAGAAGACCAACAGAACCAGCGGAUUUCAGAGAUACAGAGGAUGGUAAAGUAAAGAUUUUAGCUCCCUUGGAUUUGGCUAGACCAGAGCAUGGGACUUGGAUUGGCGCUGCAACUGAUGGGAAGUUGGCAGUUUUGCUAAAUUUUAGAGAAGAAAAUUACUCAGAAUCAUACAGUGAAAUAUCUCGAGGAAUCAUCCCAUUAGAUUAUCUUAAGUCUGGAGAUAUUAGCGUAGAUGAGUGGGUAAAAAAUCUUGAAACGUCUAUUUCAAAAGAACGUGGAGUAGACCCAAAAGAAGAGUAUCCACUUCGUAAAGUUGGCGGUUUUACGCUUAUGUAUGGGAAUCUCAGCUUAGAAUCAAAUGGUAAAAUAUCACAUUUAAACAUUCUCUCUAAUAGAGGCGAUAGGGGGAAAGUUCAUGUACCUAUUGACUCGGAUGUUGCCCUUCUUGAUGCUGAUAUCGGGCACAAGACAACUUUUGGAUUGUCCAAUUCAUUGUAUUCAAAUCCAUGGCCCAAAGUGAACUUGGGUGAAGAAUUGCUUCUGAAGGCAAUCAAGUACUCCAUAGUUCGCAGAGAAAAUUUACAAGAGUUGGUUACUUCAUGUUUUGAAGUUUUGCUGACUGAUACAUUAAGUCAAGAGAUGGCCAGUGAUAAGACACAAGAUUUUACUGCUAAAAUGAUGGAGUUGAAAAAGUCAAUAUUCAUCCCACCAGUGGAACUGGGCUUUGAGAUUGCCAUAGGAAGUAAUCCUACCAUCGGUAGAUAUUAUGGUACUAGAACACAAACGGUGAUAGUCUUAGACAAGGAAGGCGAGUUGCACUAUUUCGAGAAGAAUAUACAAACAUCAGAUGUUCUUACUGAAGGAGAAGUUGAAGUUAAGCAUUUUCAUUUUCCAAUCAGGAAAAAUAAAUAG